UUGCAGUUUAGACGCCAUUCUCGGAUUUUGGUUUUGAAUUACCUAGAACUACUGGGCGUUGAUCAAGAUGCAGGCAUCAAGGGCAAGGCUUUUUAAGGAAUACAAGGAGGUUCAGCGAGAGAAAGCAGUUGAUUCUGAUAUUCAGCUAGUGUGUGAUGAUACUAACAUAUUCAAAUGGACAGCUCUAAUCAAGGGCCCAUCAGAAACACCCUACGAAGGUGGUGUUUUUCAGCUUGCGUUUGCUGUUCCUGAGCAGUACCCAUUGCAACCUCCCCAAGUGCGAUUCCUGACAAAAAUAUUUCAUCCAAAUGUUCAUUUUAAGACUGGAGAGAUCUGCUUAGAUAUUUUGAAGAAUGCAUGGAGCCCUGCUUGGACACUCCAAUCUGUUUGUCGGGCUAUAAUUGCUCUAAUGGCGCAUCCAGAACCUGAUAGCCCACUCAAUUGUGAUUCAGGUAAUCUUCUGCGUUCUGGUGAUCUCAGGGGAUUCCAGUCUAUGGCAAGGAUGUAUACCAGGCUUGCAGCCAUGCCAAAGAAAGGGUAAUCAGUGUUCUAUUUUUAUGAGUUCUUUCGCUGUAGGUUUGAGAUGAGUGUUUGUGAUUUAAUUAACAGAUUUGGAUACCGACUGUUGGGAAUGCUAAAACUAAAUCUAGUUGAAUGUUCAUCUGUAGUUAAAAGAAUAAAAGGUACAUAACUAACCCAAUGUUUAAGGUGGGCUAAAUUUAUAUUCCUU